UUUAAGGGUAGAAAAACUUCAAAGAGGGUAAAAUGAAGCAUCCUAAUCCUUCGGGGAAAACUAUGCUGACAGUUACAUUUUCUAAGGAGUGAAUACAGCCACUGCCAUAUUAUUUAAAUUUUCAAGAGAAAGUGCAGAUACUCUACUUAGAGGAAUCAUGCAGCCUAUAAAUAUCAUUGACUACCCUACCCACUCGGUUGUGAUCACCCCUCCAGUAAUGCUGAGUAACCAACCCAUGCGAGUCACCUGUGGCAACUGCCAGAGGACAGUGCUGACAACUACAGUGAGAGAAAAUGGCGCAUGCGCGUACAUUUCCACUCUCUUUGUAUGCUUUUUGUGCUUUCCUUGUUUCUGGAUUCCUUUGUGCUUGGACUCAUGUAAAGAUGUUCACCAUUCCUGUCCAGGUUGUGGAGCUAGACUCGGAACAUACAAAAAAUUAUGA